AGCGCAGUCCAUGUCUUGCACUUCUGCAAAUGGUCGAGAAAAGAUCCACAUCUUAUAUUUCUCGACGUGCCGAGAAUUCUUCCGUUGUUCGAUCUUGGAUCGGGAAAAAGGAAUACGUGCGUGAUAAAGAUGUCUCAGCAGGGAAAAAGUAUUUCCGGAGAGAAGAGCUGAGACAUAAAAACAAGAAUGUACCUCGAACAGGAAAUAUACCUGCUUUCGCCGAGGUCUGAGAUUUCGUGAUUUCCGAGUUUCUGAAGGAUUUUCUGAGCCACCUGUUUCGUCUCACGUUCUGAAGAGAUCGAGGAAAAAGAAAAAAACAGUAAGACAGGUUAUUGCGUGAUAUUAGGUUUUGAAAGAUGUUCGUUUUGUCUCAGCUCAGCUUGUGUUUUUGGGGCUUGAAUAUUCCCGUUGUGCCGUAUACAUGCUGUCGAACAUGUCUCUCUCUCUCCCCCUUCAAUGUCUCUACUUGUCGAAGCCACUUAUCCUCGGACAACCACAUUCGCACGUGCGGAUGGAUAUCUGUAUCUUUUCUCCAUCAUCAUCACCACCACCCACGUGAACCUUCUUCAAAGUUCUGCCAAAAUGCAACACCCCUCUCGUUCCUGCACCUCCGCUGCAAACAAUCUAUGCAUGCAUGUUCAAGGACCCAUGUAGAUGGCUUUCUGCAACCCGGAAAUGCUGGGUGCAUUAGCAAGCAUGCAUGCAUACUCCUCAUCAUCCACCCCAAGUCAACUUGUACUUUUUUUCUAGCAAACAAUAAUAAGUGUUGCUGAAUGCAAAAAAAUCUUCUACACGGCAUGAAUCCUG